AAAAGGUGAUAGAAUUAUAAAGUAAUGCUGACUAACCAGAACUAAUACUGUGUCCAAAUACAUCCUUUUUUUUAGACUGGUCACCUUUGGAGACUAUAGUUUUAUAAAAAGUAAAAUUUAUUGAGUGAGUGAGUGUGUGUGUGUGUGUGUGUGAGAGAGAGAGAGAGAGAGAGAGAGAGAGGGAGAGAGAAAUGUUUAUUAGAAGGGGCCAUGACAAACUGUGUAAAAUUGUGGCUUUCAUUUAUGUUUCCCUAAAAUUUUUCUUUAUAGAAUGGGAUGUGAUUUCUAAUUCAGGUAGUGAUAUCUUGUUAUGUUUUUUAUGUGAAAUUUUGGGCUUAUAAUAAAUUUUAUUGAGUAGUAAGAAUAGUAGCAUAAUUAUGAGUCAUGUGGUUCUAUUUAGAGACAGGUAUUCUUUAAGGAUGGUAUGGUCUUUAUAGUGGCUUUUGUUUCUUUUUCAAAAGUAUAAACAUUUAUCAUAUAAUAAAUAAUUUAAUGGAUUAUAGUGAAAUUACAUAUUCUUCAGAAAAUCGCACCUCUUGUAAUUAGGACCAAAUUUUUGGAUAAGUGUCAGAAGUGAUAGUUUGAGUCCAUAAAAGAUUAAAAUCUUUGAAAUGUACUUGCUAUAACAAGUCUGCAAACUGCCUAUUUUUGCAUGGUUAAAAAAAUUGAAAGAAUAAUACUUUGUGACAUGUGAAAUUCAAAUUUUAGUGUCCAUAAAUAAAGUUUUAUUGGAACACAGCUGUUUUUGCAUUUUAAUGGCAGAGCUGAGUAGUUGUGACAGAGACCCUGUAUGGCAUUCUCAGCACUUCAUACAGCUCUUGGUGCACUACAAAUUUCAGUGCUGCAGUUAUAACUUGAUGGUGUUUGAGUGCCAUGUGUAUUGCCAGCCUGCGAUAUUUCUUUUAUUUUUUUUAUACCAGUGCAUAUCUAUCAUGUCAAAACAAGAAAAGAAAGAAAAAUGGACUAUGAGUGGCAUACUUUUAAGGCACAGUGGAGUGUGUAUUAUUUUGUUGAAUCAGAGCAAAACAUUUUUUUUUUAUUAUUGCAGUGACACUGUAGCUGUUAGAGAAGAAUAUAUGUUGACAUUAUUAGACUAAGCAUACACCACACUUCUCAACUCUCAAUUUUCUCUCUUUAUUUCUAUAUUUCUUUUUUUUCAACCCUCAAUUUUCUUAAAGUAACAGUCAAUUUAAAAUGGAAUAUCUUAUCACAGCAUAAUUUCUUCAUAAAAAUAAAAAUUGAAAAUGAGACUGCCACCAAAAUAAGUUUCCAAGUGGUUCAUUUGUUAGCCAAGCAAGGAAAGCCAUUUACUGAUGUUGCAAUGGAUGAGCUUCAUAGUCUGGAUCCAAGAAGGCAAGAAUUAUUGGAAGCUAGAUUUACAGGAGUUGCAAGUGGGAGCACUGGAAGCACUGGCAGUUGCAGUGUUGGAGCAAAAGCCUCAACAAAUAAUGAAAGUUCUAAUCACAGUUUUGGAAGCUUGGGAUCUUUAAGUGACAAAGAAUCUGAGACACCAGAAAAGAAACAAUCGGAAUCAUCUAGAGGAAGAAAGAGAAAAUCAGAAAACCAGAAUGAAAGUAGUCAGGGAAAAAGUAUUGGGGGGCGUGGCCACAAAAUUAGCGACUAUUUUGAAUACCAAGGUGGGAAUGGCUCAAGUCCAGUAAGAGGCAUACCUCCUGCGAUCCGUUCUCCUCAAAAUUCACAUUCACAUUCCACUCCUUCCUCAUCUGUUCGACCGAAUAGCCCUUCUCCUACUGCAUUAGCUUUUGGGGACCACCCUAUUUUACAACCAAAGCAGUUAUCCUUUAAAAUUACUCAGACUGAUCUCACAAUGCUGAAAUUAGCAGCAUUAGAAAGUAAUAAAAACCAGGACCUGGAAAAGAAGGAGGGUCGUAUAGAUGACUUGCUCAGGGCUAAUUGUGAUCUCAGACGGCAAAUAGAUGAACAACAAAAAUUACUUGAAAAAUACAAAGAACGAUUAAAUAAGUGCAUAUCAAUGAGCAAAAAACUGCUUAUUGAAAAGAGUACGCAAGAAAAACUGUCAAGCCGAGAGAAGAGUAUGCAAGACAGAUUACGCCUUGGGCACUUCACAACAGUUAGACAUGGUGCUUCAUUUACUGAACAAUGGACAGAUGGUUUUGCGUUUCAGAAUCUCGUGAAGCAACAAGAAUGGGUGAAUCAGCAAAGGGAAGAUAUUGAAAGGCAAAGGAAACUUCUAGCCAAGCGCAAACCUCCCACAGCUAAUAAUUCUCAGGCACCCUCUACCAAUUCUGAACCAAAACAGAGGAAAAACAAAGCAGUCAAUGGAGCAGAGAAUGAUCCCUUUGUUAGACCAAAUUUACCACAACUGUUGACUUUGGCAGAAUAUCAUGAACAGGAAGAAAUUUUCAAACUUAGACUAGGACAUCUCAAAAAGGAAGAGGCAGAAAUCCAGGCAGAACUUGAACGUUUGGAAAGAGUCAGAAAUCUUCACAUUCGAGAGCUCAAAAGAAUAAAUAAUGAAGAUAAUUCACAGUUCAAAGAUCACCCAACGUUAAAUGAAAGAUAUUUAUUACUUCAUCUGCUUGGUAGAGGUGGCUUUAGUGAAGUGUAUAAGGCUUUUGACCUUUAUGAACAAAGAUAUGCUGCUGUGAAGAUCCAUCAGCUUAAUAAAAGCUGGAGGGAUGAGAAGAAGGAAAACUACCACAAACAUGCCUGCAGAGAAUAUAGAAUACAUAAAGAACUGGAUCACCCUAGGAUAGUUAAACUCUAUGAUUAUUUCUCCUUGGAUACAGAUACGUUUUGUACAGUGUUAGAAUACUGUGAAGGCAAUGACUUGGAUUUCUAUCUGAAGCAACAUAAAUUAAUGUCAGAGAAGGAAGCUAGGUCUAUUGUAAUGCAAAUUGUAAAUGCACUAAGAUAUCUCAAUGAAAUCAAACCCCCUAUUAUACAUUAUGACCUUAAGCCAGGAAACAUUCUUCUGGUAGAUGGCACAGCAUGUGGAGAAAUCAAAAUCACUGAUUUUGGUCUAUCUAAGAUUAUGGAUGAUGAUAGCUAUGGUGUAGAUGGAAUGGAUCUAACUUCUCAAGGGGCAGGCACUUACUGGUAUUUACCUCCUGAGUGUUUUGUGGUUGGAAAAGAACCACCAAAGAUUUCCAACAAGGUUGAUGUAUGGUCAGUUGGAGUCAUCUUCUUUCAGUGUCUUUAUGGUAGAAAGCCAUUUGGUCACAAUCAAUCUCAACAAGACAUUCUUCAAGAAAAUACAAUAUUAAAAGCCACAGAAGUCCAGUUCCCUGUAAAACCAGUUGUAAGCAGUGAAGCAAAGGCCUUUAUAAGACGCUGUUUGGCCUACCGAAAAGAAGAUCGGUUUGAUGUGCACCAACUGGCAAAUGACCCAUACCUUCUCCCGCACAUGAGAAGAUCAAAUUCUUCAGGAAACUUACACAUGGCUGGCCUCACAGCAUCCCCCACACCCCCUUCUUCAAGCAUAAUUACUUACUGAUUUUCCUCCAAAAUUGGCAUGGUAUCUUUGAAUUGCUUCCAGAUACACACUUGAGUUUGAGAGCAUUUGAUUGUUUUUGUUUCCUUUUUCACACAGACAUGGUUGUUUGUGAACUGAAGUUCUUCAUAGCGUCAUUUGUAUGAGAGUGGAUCAUGGACAAUGAAUAAAGUGUACACUUUGUAACCUUAAGCAGUGAAAGAUGACUGCCUAUUGCACAGAAACAGGAAUACCAUACUUAAGGAGAAAAAUCGUUGUUUGGGGGAACACUGUAAAUAACGUUUAUAAUACUUAAAUACAUUUGGUUGUUACUAGAGAGUUCUAAUAUGAAGGGUAGUUUUUCAUUAUUUAAAAACACACGGAAAAAAUAUUUCUAACACAAGAACUAUAGUGCCUGGAUACAUUCUUCAGCAUUCAGCAGUUAACCUGCUGAAACCAAAGUGAGAACUGAAUGGCAGUGACAGUUGUGUUUUGUAGUAGUAGAAUGUGAGAGUUAGCAUCUUUGGACAAAGUUAGACUUUGUCACUUGCCUAUUCUGGCUUUUACCAAGUUGUACCUCGGAGUCACAUGUCCGUUCCCCACCCCACACACACUAGUCAUGUUAACGGGAAAGCUGUUAUUUCUAGAUACUUUACACCUUUGACAAAAGGAGCUGCUUGUUUUGAAAUCAGUUGAAUUCGCUAAAUUGCAUUAUCUCUGGUGUUUUCAACACGUUAGAAUUAAGAUUAUUUUCCCUUUAUUACCAGGCCUUGUUCAUAAACAAGUGAUAGUAUGUGACCAAAUGUGGACCAGACCAGUUCUAUGCAGGAUAAUGAUAAAGUUCCCUUCUAGCUCUAUUGUAAAUUGUUGUACAGAUGUUGUAUUUCAAUUACCAAGUUUCAGCAGCUUAUUCUUGUACAAAUGUUUAAAAAUACGGCUUUUCUAAUUGGAUAUUGUAUUUUUUUUAAGUCUUCUUGAAGGCGCUUUAAUUGCUGCUAAAUGACGUUGCUUCUUGGCUAAAAAAUUUAAUGACCUCUUUAAAGGUGCAAGUUGACUGUACAUCAUAGAGAGAUAUUAAAGGUUGGCAUUCAUUAACAAUCAAGGCAUGUAAAAAUGAUCCUUCUUGGACAUAUUAGGGUUCACUAAAUCAGUUUCUUGGGUUCUAGGGCUGUGGAGCACAUAGAUACUAGAUUUAUAAAUUGUUCAUGUUUAUCCUACAUUUCUAGAAGGUUCUUAUCAGCAAGGUGGGAUGAUGGUCCCAUAAACAAGUUUCUUGUGGUUUGUACAGAUUUGUUAAAAUGUGAACAUUUUCUAACUGCCUUGUAUGGUAGAAACCAUUAUUUUUCAGGAUGUUGUAUUUUACUCCUGUAAGAAUUAUUUGUCACAUUCAUAAUGCUGAUACUUACAUGUAAGUUGUCCAUGUUGCGGAAAAAGGAGGUGAUACCACAGAUUCUCCUUAAUAUUGUACAGUUAAACUGUGGCUCUUAUUUCUUAUGUUGCAAGCCAUUUUGUUUUUUCAUUGUACAUAUAGACACAUUGUCUCUUUAAGAUGCUGCUGAAAUUGUAGAGAAUGUAGCCAAAACAGUAAUAAACAGUGACAAUUAAAAUUUAA